AUGGGAGACCAGAUAAAUACAUUACGCCAAUGGAAUCUGACAGCUGUAGCACUUGAACCGGACAUGGACCAGGAAAAAAUAAAAAUGGUGAAACAAGGAUGUUUUAACUUUGUAUUUUCAUCGCCAGAGACAGCCCUGAAACCAUUCUGGAAGGAUGUAUUUAUGUCUAAUACAUGGCGAGAAAAAAGUCUUGCUUUAGUUAUCGAUGAGGCUCAUUGUAUUUCUGAAUGGGGUGAAAACUUCAGAAAGGAAUUUAAACACCUACACGAACUUCGGUCGGCAAUUCGUGCCCCUGUUCUGGCGCUAACUGCUACCUCAACAAAUGCUGUAAAGGCGGACAUUUUAAAAUGUCUACAAAUUGAAGAUGCUCAUAUAGUACACAGAUCUCCAGACAGGCCAAAUAUUUUCAUUGAUUUCCAAAAAGCUGAAAGUACUGAAAUAGAAAAAAAAUGCGAGUGGAUUGUUAACCACUUACGAGAAAAUAAUUCGGCGGCUAAAAAAAUCAUCAUAUAUUGCAGAAGCAUAGACAGAGUUUCCCAAGUGUUCAUUCUUCUUAGAAGUUGCUUGGGAAUAGAUGCAUAUGCCAAUAGAAUAAAGGAUUCAAACCAUGCCCUCAUAGAUAUGUUUCAUAGUAGUAUCCACGAAAAUUCAAAACCAGAAAUUCUUCGUUUGUUCCAAGAUCCUAACUCAAAUUUGAGUUGUUUAGUCGCUACAGUUGCUCUUGCAAUGGGAAUACAAAUAGAUGAUGUAGACAUUGUUAUGCACCUCGGUAGUCCUAAAACAGUGUUAUCGUAUUGGCAAGAAGCUGGAAGAUGUGCGCGGGAUGGACGCCCAGGGUAUUCAUAUGUGCUGUAUGACAACUUCACUUUAUCAGGAAAGGGCACAUCGAAAGACCUGAAGAAGAUAGUAGAAGAUUCUGGAUGUUUCAGACAAAACAUUUUGAGAUAUCUCGGUGACAACGAAUUCACAAAUGAUUCUGAAAUAUGUGAAGGACAUUGUGGAACAGAUCGAUGUCUCUGUACAAAAUGCAUGUGUUGCUCUAGUUGUCGGGGAAGUUGUUUGUGUAACAUUUCAAACAAAUUCAGUGUUAUCAAAUUUGCCCAGAUAACCGAUGACCCUACCGACACACUGAAUUAG